ACCGAUUCGUGGAACCCUAUCUAGGAUACCAUAUUCAAGUGGGUAUUUCGGCAUUUAAAACGCUGGCAACCAUUGUGCUUUAAUAAGGUUCACGCAUAGCGUACAACAAAUCGUCUUAUUCCGGUCUCAAAACAACAGGUAUGGCGGGUCGCGGUCGUGGUAAAACCAGCGGUACAUUAACUCAAGAGCAACUGCAAUCGUUAGGCGUCACGAGCAAAGAAAUUCAGGCUGUUACUUCGGCAGCUCCGCCACCGUUGUAUCCUCCAUUGCUGUCGAAACCUGUACCGUUGGAGUCAAACGCCGAUCGAAGCUAUAAAAUCCUAUGGAAAGAAGAUUUCAUCUCAUAUUUGCGAGAAUCAACGUACUACACAACGAAGAAAAGUUCCAAAAUAACAGUCCAGCGCUAUUGUGAUAAAGUUAUUAAUGUUAUAGAGAAUGACCCUAAAACUAAACGUGAAGGAGAUUUUCUAUGGAAACUGAUGCCUGCCGAGCUGAAACCCAGUUUCAAACGGUUGAAGGUGGCGUCCGGACCAACGAAGGAGAAGCGAAUGCGUAGCGCGGAUGAUAUUGAUGCCAAACUCAAAGCACUGGAGCAGAAAGAAUCAUCCGGCGACAAUGCCGAUGUGGUUAAAAAGGAGAAAAGUGAUUCUGAAGAUGAGAAAGAUGGCGAGGAUCAGGAGGAGGAAAUGAUCGACGAGGAGAUGGACGACGACAAUGAUUAUGGAAAUAACUAUUUCGAUAACGGUGAGGCAUAUAACGACGAGGACGACAAUCUAGACGAUGGACCGGUUUAUUAAAGUUUGAGAUGUCCCCGUAGCGAACGCUAGCAUCUUCCGCGAAUUCUCUUGCAGCCUCGCUUUCUAUUUCUAAGUGAGUAUUGUAGCGUCGUAGAUCCGACCGAAUCAAACUGAUGAUAUUGCCGUCCAGUAUGAGAAAUGCGGCAAAAACCUAGUUGUGGAGAAAAAUGUGCAUACAUUAGUUGUAUUCUAUAUCACAGACAAGAAAUACUUACUAUAUU